AUGUCCACACGGUGGCUUAUAGACGCAAACGAUCGCUUCGGAUCAUGGGGCGGUUCAAUACAUCUUUCAGAACUGCUAGGAUCUUCAUUCAGGACCGCAACUCUCAGUUCCAUUCCUGCCAUUCUGCUGGAAUCGAACGUGGCACAAAGCAAAUUUCACCCAUCUCCAUCUGCGAGACUCGUGCUUCCCAAAUUCAUCCCUGAAUCGACAUCGCCUACAGUGAAGUCGCCGGCAUUCAGACCUCCGGUAGCAAACGUCUUAGGAAGAGGCGCGGAUUAUGCCGAGGGCGAAGAGCACAAGAAGAUGCGCCGCGUUCUGACCACCGCAUUCUCCCCCGAGGUAAACAAAGGCAUUGCUGAAGACAUAUUUGAAUGCUCGGAGAAGCUCGAAAGCCGCCUAACGAAUCGCAUUCUCUCGCACGGUGGUGGUGCCACCGUCAACAUCAACGAGCACAAGUUCUCGUGCACAUUGGACAUCAUCGAUCAUCGGGCAUGUCGCGUUGGGACGACUUCAAAUCCGACCAGUCCGCGGAAGCGAAGAAGAUUCGCGCAUCCUGGGGAGAACCAUGUCAAUAGCGGCAUCACGUUUGGCGCAUUCAUCGUGAUGCUGAUUAUUCGCGCGUUCCCAGACGUCUUCGUCCUCCCGCUACCGGCGAUCAAAGCCGGCGGGCGCAUCCGCGGUAUCACCGCGUUUACGCCCUCUUCGCGCCCCGUCGAGUGUGGCGCAUUCAAUGACUGCGGGCGUGACAUCCUCAGCAUCCUCAUGACGGCUAAGAAAGAGGGGGAGUCGAAAGAUUCGUAUGCUUAUGGUGGUCGGUUACGGGACAACGGCGGGUCGCUGAGCUUCAUGCUGCUUGAGAUCGUGGGCCACCCCGAAGGCUAG